AUGAAUACUAAAGAGAAAUGCGCUAUCAAAGUCCAAAUUACCGGUAAGGGAAAAUGCAAAUGGAUGGAAAUAAUGCGCAAAAGUUCGAACAAUGAAACCUCAACACGUAGUUUAUUCUAUUCCAGUAAAGAAAUUUAUGCACACAGCGAAAGCCCGCUGGCUGCGUUUGAGCCGCGAGGUGUUGAGUUAAAUCCUGGUGAACACACUUUUGACUUUUCCAUGCCUUUAGAAUGGAAUCUACCAUCCAGCUUUAAAGGCAGUUAUGGUUCCAUAAAGUAUAAACUGCGUGUACUCAUACAGCGUCCAUGGACUUUCGAUGAACGUCAUAUCAUUCCCAUUAAAGUGGUAAAGCAUAUGCCUUUGCAUGCAACAUAUCGUGCCAAUCCUACAUCCUUAGAAAAGCAAAUAACGAAAACGAUUAGUUUAUUUGGUACACGUCCAAUAACAAUGGUAGCAUUGUUGCCGGAAGACUUUGCAGUACGCGGUGAACCAAUGCGUAUAUGUGUUACCGUUACCAACAAUAGCACAACCAAUGUCGAAAAGUUGCGUUUCUCAGUGUUGCAAUACAUUUGGUACUACAGCCAUGUGCCUUUACGCAUACAGAAAACUGAAUGUGUUAGCAUAUUAUGUAAAGAAACAGGAGCUGUGCAAAAAAAGAGUGAACGGUCAUUUGCUCAUGAACUACUUCUGCCAAUUACAGCACAACCAUCAGAUGAUCAAUUUAGCGGUGUCAUAAAUAUAUCCUAUGAGCUACGCGUUGAAGCUGUUUUACGUGGUUUCUUUAAGAAUUUAGUGCUUAAUUUGCCAUUUAAAAUGUACUCAUAUGUUGAAGGUAAUGGUGUAACUAUGUCAAUACCUCCACCACCACGUCCUCCACCGACAUAUGCAACAAAUGAAAACAAUUCCACUGCUGCUAAUAAUAUGAGCAAUUCAUUUGACUCUGCCACAUCAGCGUUUGCAGCGUAUCCCAUGUUAGAUACAUUAAUAGGAUCACCAACGCAUUCAGCACAAUUUAGCGAAUCCAGUUCAAUUAAUUCUACGACAUCUGAUUCUUCUGCGGCAACAUUAAGUCCAGCUGUCGGUGGUGCAGCUUUAUCAUAUACUUCAGGCUCAUCUUCCCAGUUCAAUAGCCCAACUACUCGUAACAGUUUUCGUAGUUCGAAUGUGCCGUAUAUGCCAUAUUCGAGUAGUCCACGUAUGGUUAGUUCCUAUCCUCCACCACAUUUCUCAGCAUACGCACUGCCAGAUUCACCACAAUAUUCACCUUUGCCAUCAACAUCUUAUCUGCGAGGACGAGAGCCACCAGGAGCACACGAACAACCUCCAUCAUACGAAGAACUUUUCGGCAAUGCUACUGCACCGCUGGAUUUACCGAAAUAAAAAAUAUUUUAAACUUUUUUAGAAUCUCAUGCAAUACAAACCAUUAAAAUCACAAAAAUUAAAGUUAAGAGUUUUGGAACAAAGUUACUAAACCCACCCAGAAACUAAAGGCAUAAACAGAAGACACAAAGCACGUAUUGGAGUAUGAAGUCUCUUUUGAGGCUACGCACUAUUUUGCAAUUUGCUUAAGAUAAUAAUCUCAAACACUAAAACAAAUACUAAAGACUUAGAAUGGAAAAGUGCGUUAUCUAUGUUAGUAUACAAAAUUAUAUCGACUUAUAAAU